AACUACGCAUGAAACACCAAGACGAAGCCAUGUUUGCGUGUUGGAAGCGUGCUCUGUGAGAUGUAGCCACGAAGACGCCGUUUGCUGCUCAUCAUUUAUUGUCACCAUGGCGCGACUUUCAUCUUACAAUAAAACUAAUAAUACUGAAGGAUAAUUUUACUUGUAUAUUCAAUAUUCACUUUUGUCUUUAUUAUAACGCGUUAAAAUGGCACAACAAGGAUCGACUCAAACUACCGGGGUCUUGCCCCCCGAGCAACAUGGAUACAUCCCGGACAAAUUGAAGAAAGCAGAAAAACGGAUUGAGGCCCAUCCCUACGACACAGAAGCAUGGAGUGUUCUGAUCCGAGAUGCUCAGAUGAAGACCAUAGAGGUAGCCCGACAGGUAUAUGAACGACUGGUAGCACAAUUUGCCAAUGCUGGGAAAUACUGGAGGAUUUACAUAGAACAGGAGAUCAAAGCCAAAAAUUAUGAACGAGUUGAAAAGUUGUUCCAGCGAUGCUUGGUGAAGGUGCUGAGUAUUGACCUGUGGAAGCUUUAUCUGACCUAUAUAAAAGAUACCAAAGGUUCCCUACCAUCAUACAGAGAAAAAAUGGCCCAGGCCUAUGAUUUUGCACUGGAUAAGAUGGGGAUGGAUAUCAUGUCUUACCAGUUAUGGGUAGAUUACAUCAACUUUCUCAAGUCUGUAGAUGCUGUUGGAUCCUAUGCAGAGAACCAGCGUAUCACAGCUGUCAGGAAGGUCUACCAGCGGGGCGUGGUCAAUCCAAUGAUUAACAUAGAGGCCCUAUGGAAGGACUACUGUGCAUAUGAAAAUAAUAUAAACCCGCUGAUUGCCAAAAAGAUGACCGAAGAUCGUGGCAGAGAUUACAUGAAUGCCCGGCGGGUUGCCAAGGAGUACGAAGCUGUGACUCGGGGUCUCAACAAAAGCCUGCCUUCCAUUCCACCAUCUAACUCCCCAGAGGAGGCCCAGCAGGUAGAGUUGUGGAAAAAGUAUAUAUCCUGGGAGAAAGGCAACCCACUUAGGACAGAAGACCAUGCUCUGAUCACAAGACGAGUGAUGUUCGCCUAUGAGCAGAGUUUGCUAUGUCUAGGGCACCACCCUGAUAUCUGGUAUGAGGCCGCGUCCUACCUAGAGGAAUCCAGUAAAAUCCUUACAGAGAAAGGAGAUCAGAAUGCUGGGAAGAUGUUUGCUGAUGAGGCUGCCGCAGUAUAUGAGCGGGCCAUCACAACCCUCAUGAAAAACAACAUGUUGGUUUACUUUGCUUAUGCAGAUUUUGAGGAGAGUCGUAUGAAAUACGAAAAAGUCCACAGUAUAUACAAGAGAAAUCUGAAUGUGCCGGAUGUGGAUCCAACCUUGUCCUACAUCCAAUACAUGAAGUUUGCCCGGAGAGCUGAAGGGAUCAAGUCAGCUCGAUCUGUCUUCAAAAUGGGACGUGAGGACAACCGAACCAAGUACCAGGUGUUUGUAGCUGCUGCUCUCAUGGAGUACUACUGUAGUAAAGAAAAGAACGUUGCCCUGAAGAUUUUUGAGUUGGGAUUAAAGAAGUAUGGGGAGUGUCCGGAGUAUGUCCUGUGUUAUAUGGAGUUUAUGUCUCACCUCAAUGAGGAUAAUAAUACAAGAGUUCUGUAUGAAAGAGUGCUGUCGUCCGGACAAAUCCCACCACAGAAGUCCAUUGAAAUAUGGAGUAGAUUUCUGGCAUUUGAAUCAGAAGUGGGAGAUCUAGCAUGUAUUCAGAAAGUAGAGAAGAGAAGAGCUCAGGCCAUUGAAAAGGUGCAAGAAUUUGAAGGAAAGGACACGGCUUUAUUGAUAGACCGGUAUAAAUACCUUGACUUGUAUCCCUGUACAACAAGUGAGCUGAAGGCUGUUGGGUAUUACGACUUGGCUAAGCAGCAGGUCGUACAGCUACCCUCCAACAGUGUCACUAAGGUAGUGAUGGAGGAAGAGGAGGGGAAGAAGGCUCCGGAGUACCCCAAACCUGACGUCGAGCAGAUGCUGCCCUUCAAACCCCGAACAGUUAUACCUAAUGGAUCUCACAUCGUGGACGGAGGUGUUUUCCCCCCGCCUCCCUCGGCGGCCAAUCUGAUGACGCAGCUUCCACCUCCGGAAUGUUUCCAUGGACCAUUUGUAGUUAUGGACGCUUUCAUAGAACAUAUGAAGAAACUGGUGUUACCUGAUGUGCCAAUUCCACAAGAGAACGGCAUAGACACCAAACCAGAUACUGGCACGCAAUUCUCCAUAGACUUGGCUAUGGGUAGAAAACGCAAGAUCACGGAAGGUGAAGAAAGCGACGAAGAAAGAAAGCAAAUUCUGCAUUGGUUUCGGAAAGGUUUGCGAUUACACGACAACCCAGCUCUGAGAGAUGCGUUGAAGGGGAGUUCCACGUAUCGAUGUGUUUAUAUUUUGGACCCUUGGUUUGCAGGUUCAUCUCAAGUUGGCAUCAACAAAUGGAGAUUCCUAUUACAGUGUUUAGAGGACUUGGAUUGUUCCCUGAGGAAGUUAAAUUCUAGAUUGUUCGUUGUUCGGGGUCAACCGACAAAUGUAUUUCCACACUUGUUCAAGGAGUGGAACAUUACCACCUUAUCAUUUGAGGAGGAUCCGGAACCAUUCGGAAAAGAGAGAGAUGGUGCGAUCAAAGCGCUGGCAUCGGAAGCAGGGGUUGAGACAAUCGUUCGCAUCUCACACACUCUGUAUGAUUUACAAAAAAUUAUAAAUCUGAACUAUGGCGUUUCACCCCUGACAUACAAGCGUUUCCAGAUGUUUCUGUCCAAGAUGGAUCCCCCGAAACAGCCAGUGGAUACAAUAAAUGCCGCGUUACUGGGGAAAUGUAGAACACCGCUAAGUGAAGACCAUGAUGAACAUUAUGGAGUUCCAACCCUUGAAGAACUUGGCUUUGAUACAGAAGGCUUAAAACCAGCUGAAUUUCGCGGAGGGGAAAUGGAGGCAUUGUCUCGCCUGGAACGACACUUAGAAAGAAAGGCAUGGGUAGCCAGCUUUGAGAAGCCAAAGAUGACAGCACAGUCGUUAUUUCCCAGCCAAACAGCACUUAGUCCCUAUCUGAGAUUCGGCUGUUUAGCUCCACGCCUUUUUUACUGGAAACUAGCAGAACUAUAUAGAAAGGUGAAAAAGCAAUCCGAUCCCCCACUGUCUCUGCAUGGUCAGCUGUUAUGGCGUGAAUUUUUUUAUACCGCUGCCACGAAUAAUCCAAACUUUGAUCAAAUGAAAGAUAACCCAAUCUGUGUAAAGGUACCCUGGGAUCAUAAUCCUGAGGCUCUGGCCAAGUGGGCAGAGGGUAUGACAGGAUAUCCUUGGAUUGAUGCUAUAAUGCGACAGCUGAAACAAACGGGCUGGAUCCACCAUCUGGCCAGACAUUCAGUGGCGUGUUUCCUCACUCGAGGGGACUUGUGGAUCUCGUGGGAGGAGGGCAUGAAGGUGUUUGAUGAACUUCUCCUGGAUGCUGAUUGGAGCGUUAAUGCUGGUAUGUGGAUGUGGCUCUCCUGUAGUUCCUUUUUCCAGCAGUUUUUCCACUGUUAUUGUCCUGUAGGCUUUGGGAAGAGGGCUGACCCUACUGGAGAUUUCAUCAGGUCCUACAUACCAGAACUCAAGAACUAUCCUUCUAAGUAUAUCUUUGAGCCGUGGAAUGCCCCACAGUCCGUCCAGAAGGCAGCCAAGUGUGUCAUAGGGAAGGAUUAUCCAGUUCCUAUCAUCCGUCACAGUGAUGUCAGUAAAAUCAACAUGGAGCGGAUGAAGCAGGUCUACCAGCUCCUAGCUCAGCGAGCAUCUGCAGUGUCAUCAAUACCAAAGCACCCGGAGGAUCUGACGAACAAGACAACAAUGGCACUUACAGGUGCUCACUCCGGAAACCACCCGACCCGAGGGCCAGCCUGCUGUAAUGCCGCGGCCCAGCAGACGAACAUUGAGGAUAACGAUCAGGGUAUUGGCUCUACGUUUGCCGUGUACACCAGUGCGUCAUAGUGUUCAUAGAAUUACCCGUCACCCUUUCUGGUGUUUCCUAUUACCAGUGCAUAACUUGUUCUUGUGAUGGUGGAAAAAUUAUGUAAACAACAGACCAGAAUUCAAAAAUAUCUUCUGCUUGUCAUAGCUCUUCGGGUGAAAGAGACUUCAUUUGUGUGGGUAUAUUAUUACAAUUACGAUGGACAGUCCACAAAUGAACUCUUAUGAUCAACAAACAUGUGUAUAUUUAUGUUACAAAGAAACAAAGAAAGGCAAUUCUUGUCUCGGGUCUGAGUCGGCCUCAAACUACAGCACCAUCUUUUCUAUCCGAGAAGUAUCUAUUUAUAGCAACACCGCCAUUAAAGGGUUAUUUCAGUGCCGUAGAGCUAAAUAACUAGAUACUCUCUCUUUACAUGAUCCUGGUGACAAAUUGUCUGUCAUAUAUGUCUAGUAAGUGAUAACAAAGAUGUAAAUAAAUUCAUAUAUUUAUUUAUUUACAAUUAGCAUUUUAAUAACUGUACAAAGUUUACUUGGAUCCAUUUUGUAUGAUUAUAAAACAUCAUUUCUUACUAGAUCAUAUACAUAUACAUAUGUACAAAGUACAUUGAUAAGUCUAGUCCCUAUCCAUAUCCUGUUCGUAGAUAUAUGUGUUCAUGAAUGAAUGAAUCCCAAUUCCAUGCACCAUUUGAAAUUCUUUCACGAAAUUCCGUUAAAAAUUAUUCAUUAUCACAGUAUCUUUUAAACAGAAUGUACGGUAGAGUCAAACAGGUCAUCCUAAAAGUUAUCAGUGAAACUUUGUCAUUAUUCAGAAGUUUUCAGAAAUUGGUCUGUAAAUAUACUUUUUCUGAGGAAUUCUGAUCAUGUGCAAUCGCCCUAAGAAUAUUUUUGUAAGUUGGCAAUUAUGAGAUUUCAUCUUGUUUCUUUGUCAUUAAUAUGGUAAGAUAGACUUUAACAGGUCCAUUGUCGGUGUAAAUAUCAUUGAAUUUCAUAUUGGUACAUAACAUGAUUAUUUAUGAAAAUAUCCGUGAAGCGGAAAAUGGUGCGAUAUUCUAUUGGCUUGUAGAAGUAAUCGUGCUUUGCUUUUUGAACAUACCAUAGUCAUUAUAUUUUACUUACAUUUGUAAUUUAACAGAAGACCUCAUAGGUAGAUACAUCGAAAGUUUACUGUAAUUAAUGAGGUUAUGUAUCUAAAAUGUUUGCUACAAUAUAAUGAGUUUAGUAUCAUCAUUACAUUGAAAUAGUCCAUUUUCUCUUUUGGUACCUUUUAAGUUACACACAUUGAAUUUCAACAGAUGUAUUAUAUGGACUAUAUGUCCGUCCAUUUGUCCGUUGGGUUGUUUGUCCAUGACAUUAUGGGUUAAAUCUCUGAAUUAUACCUGUAAGUAUAUUGACGCACAGUAUUGCUGUGUGUCCAUAUAUAUAUAUUGUUUCUGUUCGUUCACGUGUAUAAUGUUAUAAAUCUGUUUAUAAAGGAAGAUACCUGGUAAAUUUGUUUUUAACGUUGAGAUGUCAAUCAUCACGUUAUGACGAGUAAGUGUACCCCUCCUAUUGAAUGAGUAUCUCUUACUAGAUCGAAUAUCAUUGAUUAAAACUUGACCUAAAACAGUUAAAAACCCUGUUCUGAGCUUAUUUCUUGCAGUGUUAUACUGUUAUACAGUCAAUGUCAUAGUAUAUUCACGGGUCAGUCUGUCCUUUUCAACUAAUUUGUGACCAUGUAAAUAUCAUGGUUUGAGUAUUUCUGAUUAUAGAUUUUCACCACGUUUAUGGUUUUGAUGAACUUUAAAAUGAAUUAUACUUCACUCGGUCGUUGAAAAUUGUUUAGGGUCUCAUCUGCUGACAUCGUUUCACUUGAAUUUUAUUUGCGAAUUCAGAAGACGACAGAGUGUAGUGUACUUGAAAGUAAAUUCUUUGUCCCCACUUUAGUCAUUUAAUAUAAAAACUUGUUUGAAAUAUGAUCUGCACAUGGGCAUGAAGUUGAGUAUGUAAGGGAAUCAUCAUCAGGGAUGGACUAUGGUUUGUCCUUCAGCGAUUUGUACAUAAUGUUAUUUGUUAUUAUUGUUGUAAUAUGAAGUAGAAUGGCUGGCUGUUAACAUAACUCCUGUCUGGUUACGGAGCUAUGUUGAGAGCUGUUGUUUUCCUGCAAAGCAAGGUUAAGAUUCUUUGUUAAAUUGGGUACGAACUUUAAAGUACCUCUUUACCAAUGAGAAAUUAAAGAAUGCUAAAAUAAA